GGGAUAUUGCAGUUUUCCGCAUCGAGUGCUUUAGAACAGUUCGAUAAUGUUUGUGAUGAAAACUCACUGAAGUCUAAAAAUAAGUCGUAACAGAUAUCACGGUGGAAAGUUGUGGUGCGAAAAAUAAAUCUAAUUAUUCCCCCGGGGUGGUAAUGGUGUGUGAGCGACCGACUGGUUAUCAGCGGACCGGAACAGGACAUUAAAGAGAGGCACUAAAAAGAGGUGGUUCAUUAAACUAUUUCGUCCAGCGUAAACCAAUCAGCUGACGGCACGAUGUCGAUGAUCAAAUGCUGUUUCGAGCCGCUGGAAAUGCCCGAGUUCCUGGACUCCUUCGUCAAAAAGUGCACCGAAGGAUGUUGUUGCGGCUGCUGUUCUGCCCUGCGGCCCCGUUACAAACGGCUGGUAGACAAUAUCUUUCCGGCGAAUCCGGAAGAUGGGCUAGUGAAAUCGAACAUGGAGAAGCUCACCUUCUACUCGCUCCGCUCUCCGGAAAAGCUUGACCGCAUCGGCGAGUACCUGUACCAACGGGCCUCGAAGGACAUCUACCGGAAGCGGUACAAGUUCGUCGAGAUCGCAAUGGAGGCGAUGGACCUGCUGCUGAUGGCUUGCCACGCGCAGAUACUGAACCUGUUUGUCGAAUCGUUCUUGCGCAUGGUGCAGAAGCUGCUCGAGGACACUAAUCCGACGCUGCAGAUAAUGGCCACCAACUCGUUCGUUCGGUUUGCCAACAUCGAAGAGGACACCCCGUCCUACCACCGGCGGUACGACUUUUUCAUCUCCAAGUUUUCCUCCAUGUGUUACGGCAACAACGACGACGAGGAGCUGCGCGACAGCAUCCGAAUGGCGGGCAUCAAGGGUUUGCAGGGUGUGAUCCGGAAGACGGUUUCGGACGAUCUGGUAGCAAACAUCUGGGAGAAGCAGCACAUGGAGAAGAUCGUUCCAUCGCUGCUGUUCAACAUGCAGUCCGGCCCGUCCAAGUCGACGGAUGCCGAAGCGACCCCUUCGACGCCACCACUGUUGGCCGAGGCCGUGCUGCGUGAGCUCGUUAGCCGUGCCUCGUUCGGACAUAUCAAAUCGGUCCUGAAGCCGCUCUUGACGCAUCUCGACCAUCACAAGCUGUGGGUGCCGAAUCGGUUCGCCAUCGACACGUUCCGCAUCGUUAUGAUCUCGAUUCAGCCGCAGUAUUCAUACACCGUUGUUGAGACGCUCAUGUCGCAUCUCGAUCAAAACCUAACUUCGUCGCCCAAAACGCGUACCUCGUUGGCGGUGGUCCUCUCGAAGAUUAUUGCCAUCGCGGCGGGCGAGAGCGUCGGUCCGUCGGCCCUCGACAUUAUCAACAAUCUGCUGAUGCACCUGAAGACGAGCGUCAGCACGCAGCACGAGUCGGCUUCGGAAGAGACGCAGUACCAGGAGGCGCUAAUCAACGCGCUCGGUGAGUUCGCCAACCACCAUCCGGAUUAUCAGAAGAUCGAAAUCAUGCUGUUCAUCAUGAACACCGUGCCCGAUCCGUCGAACAAGAGCCGCGGCGAUCAGCUGCUGCAGAACAUCCUGCUGAAAAGUUUGCUCAAGGUCGGCACCCAGUACCGGACGGUGUCGUUCGAGAAGGCGUUCCCCGUGUCGUUCCUCCAGCCGCUGCUCAAAAUGGCCCGGGCUGGCUCCAUACCGAUCCGGAUAAUCGUAAUGCAAAUCUUCCAGCAGCUGCUUGACCGUCACCAGAAUCAGCAUCUGCUGAAUGUGAUCGGCGUGAGCAUCUAUCCGACGCUCACGAUCGAGCAGCCGUCCCGUUCGGACAUCCUGUUCACGCACAAGUACGGCUCGAACAUUCUACAGGCGAUCAUCGAAAGCAUGUCGCAGGAGAACCACCUCGAGGUGCUGAAGUCGUCCUACAACACGAUCUCCCUCGUGAUCGUCGAGAUGGCCUGUGGCGAGACGGUUCAGGAGAUUUUGCUGUUCGUUCUCGGCCUGCAGCAAGUGGCCGUCACGGAGGUGGAACUGUCGCCGAAGCAUCGUUGCAAUCUGCACAGCAUUGCCAUUUCGCUGCUCAUCCUGCUCGGGCGCUGUACGGCCAUCGGCACGCUGGUCGAAUACGCUGAGAAGCUCAUCGAAGCACGGCGCGAAGAGGCCACCUAUCUGUUGCCACCGCUGAUGGACAACGAGAAGGCUGCACCGGGGCCGCUCAACACCAACCAGCCGCACCUGCUGAUCGACAAGCUGGCCGUGGCCGAGUGUCUCCAGCAGGCGGGAUUGGAAAACAAUCGCGUUCAGACUGGUACACCGUACGGGCUGAACCAAACGGACCUCCUGACGCAUCGACACUCUUGGGUCGAUACGCACAGUGCAGUCCGGAACAGUGUGGUCGAUUCGAGCUACAACGAAAUCGAAAGCGUUAGCAGCUCACCCGGCGUUCAGAAGCGAUCGCUCGCCUCGGAGUACAACUUCGAGUCGAUGAAGCGGGUGCUGGCGGAACCGACGGAAGCCACCAAGCGGGAGGCUCGCGAGAAGCAGAUGCAGAUCGGGCGCGCCUUCCGCGAGACGGCGUUCGAGGAUUUAGUGCGCCGGACGGAACCGAAGCACGACGUCAUCCAGAACAAGCUGAACGAAAUCUUUACGGCCCUGUCCGUCGAGCGGCAGAUCUCGUGCGGCAUCCAGGCCGGAUCACUGCUGGCGGGCAACGGUGGAUUGAACGGACCGCUGCUCGAUGGGGCCGGUAAACAGAUGGGUAUCGGUGGCCAACGACCGAUCUACGAGAAUAACUUCCCGGAGCUGUUCUUCUAUUAGGUGGCCGUAAGGGCGUUUGAGGGAUUUUACGUUUUUUGUUAUUUGAAUUCGCUUGGGAGAGGUGUUUGUGGGCAAAACAUCGCAUCUUGUAUUUAUUCUGACCCCGAGAGUUCCGUCUGUUAUCCGGUGCGUGCUAAUGAAUAAUUUAAUAAACUGCUGAUAAGAUAUCGAUUGCA